CUAAGCUUUGCCAUCUAGAGUAUUAUUAUUUGAAAAACAAACAAGAAAAAACAAACAAACAUUCACUGGAAGAUGACAAAGAGGAAGAAAAGGCAGGAUGACUUUCAAAAAGUCAAGUUAAAGGUGGGCAAAAAGAAACCGAAGCCCGAUAACGCGACAAACGUGAAUUUCAGAUCAAAAAGUAUCCGCUUACCAGAACAGUUGAAGCGAGAUGAUUCUGGACCCACAACACACAGGCAGCUCAAUAUCAAGGACUUGCUGUCUCAGCUGCACCACUACAACAGUAAUGUAAAACAGGGGGCUCUGGUCGGCUUACGGGAGCUGCUGUCGGCCCACCCUGCCUUGGUGGAGCAGCACGUGUCCAGCAUCCUGAGCGAAGGGGCGGCCCUCUUCACGGACAAGGACGCCGCCGUCCGCGCCGCCGCCGUCAAGCUCCUCCGCUUCGUGGCGCAGUGCGUGCCCGCCGAUCACGUGGCCCCUUUCUUCCCGCUGGUCAGCGCCCACCUGACCUCAGCCAUGACUCACAUCUCCUCGGGCAUUCAGGAGGACGCCCUCAAGGUCCUCGACGUGCUGCUGGAACACUACCCGGCCCUGCUGGCUCAGAGGCACGCCGUGCUCCUCCGCAACUUUUUGGAGCUCAUUUCUCAGCGGCGUUCGGGCGGGGCCGGGGGCGGGGCGGAGAGGGCGGGGAAAGGAGGCUGGGCCCUGACCAUCACCACGACCCGAUCGAUAACAGCGCAGCAGUGGAGACUCACUGUACUACUCAGGCUGGGGCGUUUUCUGCAGGCAGUGGUGGAGGAGAGGCCAGAGGAAGAAGGUGUCACAGGUGGGAGUGGCCCUGACAUGUGGGGCGGAGAAAAGGGAUCGGUCACUCCCCUCGAUGUCAGCUGGGAGGAAAAUAUAUUAGGAAAAGGCGGGGUCCAGAUAUACGAAAAUUCUGGAGCCACGCCCACGGCACGAUCGACCUAUCGGCUCAGGCCGCACUCAGAGCCUGGGACCGGAGUGAGUGAAGGGCUGUGUUCGGCAGAGACGGUGCAGGGCUUCGCGGGGACGCUGGUCCCCUUGCUGUUGGAGGUUUGGGUGGAGGCAGCGGCUGGAGAGAAGGGACAGGCGGAGAGCGGGCAGUUACUUAGUCCUGAGGCCAUGGCUCUAAUGUUCCAGAUCCUCACCAUCCUACAGCUGCUACGCCGCCUAGCACCGCAGAGAGACCAACAGGACCAACUGGAUGCAUGGUUCCGUACCUACUACCUGAAUGACUUCAAACAGCACUUCAUGAGGAACUUCCCCUACGGGACGCUGGAAGUGGCCGGACACAAGAGGAAAGGAGACGCAAAGAGAAUGAGGCAGCAGGUGAUGAGUGGGCCCGUUGCCGGGGGAAACGUGGAGCCGCUAGCUCUGAACGUCACGCUGUGCCAAGUGAUGGUGACGCUCAGCCUCAGGGCCCGGGACCACCUAGAGGGGCAGGACGCAGACUGGCUCGGACCAAUCAGAGGCUUCGUCAGGGAGACACUGACCAAUGGCGGUAAACUGAGCUCCAGACACCUUGGAGCGCUGUUAGAGGUGGUGUGGAGGAUGGUGGUCACGCAGCAAAGCCGCGUGGUGACAGAGGAGCUCCUGCAGGCUGUGUAUGCUCAGUAUCAGCAGAGGAAUCUGUCUCUGCCCGUCCGCACUCUCCUGCUCCGGUUCUUCAGUCGCCUUUACAUACAGGAACAUCAGAGUCAGCCUCACAUUGCCAGGAGCAGGAUCCUGGCCCGCUGGUUGGCCGCGCUGCCUGUGCAGCUAGUGCAGCUGGGAGGCAGGAACCCUCAGCUGUCUGCGCAGAUUCUGCAGACGGUGCAGUCAGCUGCUGCAUGGGGCAACAAAGACCUGCUACACAGCCUGCAGACGCAUGCGUGCAGCUUAUAUGACCCACAGGAGGGCUGCGUGGUGUUGUUGCCGGCCGAUUCUCAACAGCGAUUGGUUCAGAUUCUGUACUUCCUGCCGGCUUUACCCGUGGACCUGUUAGCCUGCCUCAGCCAAAUCUGUAACGCGGGCCGUGUGUCUGCUCACCUGGCCGCCACACUGAUCCGCACAGUACACCUGAGGUCGCCGCUGAGUGGAUGGUCAAAUGGAUCACAAGAUAUGGCAGUAAGGGAUGUGGACUACCUUAGCUUCCUCUUCUCCACUCUAACAGGUUUUUCCUCAGAGGGCUUGAGCAGUCUGCAGCAUGCUGACGAUGAAGGCUUGUUGUCUCCCUCCCCCCUCUCCCCCCUCACCGUGUUCGCUACACCCCUGGAGCAGUUCACACACCACUGGGACGUCGUGGAGGAAGUGUGUCACUGCUUAGAGACGCUGGGGUCACGUUCCCAGUGUUUUGACAUUCUUCAGAACGCCAUUAUCAAGAACCUGUGCGGGUUAGCGGUCGUUCCUGACUGCGUGUGCGCGGCCGUGCUCAGGUGCGUUCCUCGGCUCCUGGAUCCCAGUUUCAUCCCCGGCGACUCGCUGCUCCACUUCCUGUCCGAGUGCUGUCUGAGCAUGCUCAGUCUGUUACUGCAGCUGGAACAGAGCGCCCGCAAGAGGGACGCGGUUUGGGAGGCGUGUUUCGCGUCUAUGAGUACGGUACCACGUCUCUUACGACUAGUCCUGCAGUCGCUGCACGUGGGCGAGCUGUGCGAGGAAGAGCUCCCCCUGCUGGCCCAGAUCCUGUCACUGCUGCUGCAGCACACGCAGCUACGGAACCAAAUGGUCGCUAACGCGGCAGUGCUGCAGCACAUAAUACAGGACCUGACGCGUUGCUGUGGCGGCAAGGCGCGUGAGCAGUGGCUGAGUGACCUGCUCUACUGCUACACGGUGACGGUCGCCGGUCACCGUGCCAGUAUGGGGCUGAGGGACAUGUACUGACCACGACCAAACAGGCUCUGCACCCUUUUACUCAUCCGUUCAGCUCCCUUCUUUUGU